UAUAUAUAUAUAUAUCCCCCUCCAGCUGUGGCCCUCUUGAUAAUCCCUGUUCUAAUCUGGCGGGUCGGCAGGAUGAUUCCGUUCCGAGCAUCAGGAGUAAAAAGGAAGGGCCUAAAUUGUGGGGAUUAUUUUCUCUCUCUCUCUCUUUCUCUCAUCCUAUUUUCCGGCAUCCCAAAUUCUAGCCUUCAUUUGUGUACUUUGGAGCAGCCAUGAACACAGUUGGCGGCGUUCACCGAGGCUACCUCAGGAAAUACGGUGGCUUUAUGUUCAAACAGUGGAAGGACAAGUACGUGGUUCUCAGCGUGGAGGGAAGCCUGCUGGUGUGCCGAGACGGCGAGUCCCCGCCCGACCAAGUGGUGGACCUGCAAAGCCACUGCGAGAUGAUCGUGGAGGGCCGCGAGAUCUUGGACCUUCCCAGGCUGCCGGCGGGGGGCCGCAGGGACUGCUGCUUCGCCCUCAUCCUUCAGCAGAGCAAGUUUCUGCUGAUGCUCGCCGACAACCCGGACGACUGCGCUUUGUGGCUGAAGCUGAUAAGAAAAGUUAGAGAGGGCGUCAUGUCACCUGCCGGCCUGCAGAGGCAGCGCAGCAUCACCCGCUGCAUCACCGACAGGGACCCUCUGCCCGACUCUGGCAGCGACAAGGACCCCGGCUCGCCUCGGCCCAGCGAGGCUAGCACGCCGCCGUCGACCCACGUCACAGAGAGAGGCGGCUCGCUGAGAGAGAGACGGCAGAGUCAAGGCCGCGUCUCGGUGGCCCCCCCUCACCGGGUGUCGGAUUGCCUUCGCCACGGCAACAGCAGCGACGCCCGAGCAGUGCGGGCGGUGUGCCUGCUGAUGGGCGGGGCGGCGGCCUCCUCAGCUCUGGGCUACCUCAACUCCGGCUCGCCGACCUCGCCGUUAGUCGGCAGAGCGCCCGAGAUGGUCCACGCCGGCUCAGGGGGCUUCUCGGAGAUGCCGGCCGGAGGCUCGUUUCACGCCUGCGGCCAAGACGUGGACUCGGACACGCACUUCAACAGCUUUGACUUUGAAGGCGACACCGACUUUGACGCAUUUGAUUGCGGGAGCUUUGCCUUUUGA